CGUAAACUAACAGAUUAUAAGAUGGCGAACCAAAUUAAAUGAGCGUCGGUACAGUGUUGAUGGCGCCUUCUAUGUUAAUCUGUGCACUUUUAUUUGUAAAUUGUGUAUCAAUUAUUUGUGUUGUUCAUUUGUAGCAGUUUUGGUUUAACUUAAUAUUAAGCUUUAAAGUGUGAAGUGAAUCAGACUGUCAGACCACAAUCUUAAGAAUAGUUGUUUAAUUAGAAAAUGGCAAUGACGUCCUCACAAGUAAAAACACAAUCAAAUAAUAUGGCCGGAAGUGGUUGGCCCCGUAGAAAUAGUCAAAAUUCUACCACUGCUGCAGCAACAACAUCAACAUUUGAAAGCAAAUAUUCAGUCACAUCACCAGCUAUAAACAGAAUAAUCAAUUUAUAUCCACUAACAAAUUAUAUAUUUGGCACCAAAGAACCUUUAUUUGAAAAAGAUCCAAGUGUUCCAGCAAGAUUUCAAAGAAUGCGAGAUGAAUUUGAACGGAUAGGUAUGAGACGAAGUGUAGAAGGUGUUCUGCUUGUUCAUGAACAUGGUUUACCACAUGUUUUGUUGCUGCAACUUGGAACAACGUUCUUUAAGUUACCUGGAGGUGAAUUAAAUCCUGGUGAGGAUGAAGUUGAAGGUCUUAAGAGGCUAUUAACAGAGACACUUGGCCGAUUGGAUGGUGUUAAGCAAGAUUGGUUAGUGGAAGAUAUCAUCGGCAAUUGGUGGAGACCCAACUUUGAACCACCUCAGUACCCGUACAUUCCUCCACAUAUAACAAAGCCAAAAGAACACAAACGUCUGUUCCUUGUACAACUUCAAGAAAAGGCAUUAUUUGCAGUUCCCAAAAACUACAAAUUGGUAGCUGCACCACUUUUUGAGUUAUAUGACAAUUCUCAGGGCUAUGGACCCAUAAUAUCUUCAUUACCGCAGGCGUUGUGCAGAUUUCAGUUUAUUUACAUGUAAAUAAACAAGGAGAAAUAUAUUGAAAAAGAUUUUUCUAGGAGGAAGAACUAUAGCUAUAUAAGAAAAUACAGUUAAGAAGAAAAUUAGUAUUUCUUUCAUAAUUUAUAUAUUAUAGUUUUUAAAAAUGUAUUUCAAUGUUGAUGUAAAAUAAUUUUAGUUGCUGAUAACUGAGUAAUUGUACAAUUUAUAUAUUAUUUUGUACUUAUUAAAUAAUUAACAAUAAA